CAGAUUUGUAAGUCAAAAGUAAUUAAACAAAAGUAAUUUGGGGUUUUCGGCUGGCAAGCAUUCCAGACCCGAGAGCAGAGCAGUCAUCCCAUUUUCUUCCUUGCAUUCGGCGGCCUUCCUUGGAGCAAUAUGGAUGGUGGUUCUGAGGAGGAACUUGGUUUCGGGGGUCAGCUGGAGGCAAUGGAAUCAAUGGAGAGAAUGGAACCAGGGACCCUCCUCGAUGCACUGGACGCCUUGGUGGCAUCUGGUGUGAAUAUGCAGAGCUUGGGAGACGAGUCCUCCUCCCCGAACGCCAGCGAUUGGGGGGAAUUGCAAUGGGACCACGAGACCGACACUCCGUGGCACCUUCGUGGCGAGGAGUCGACCGUCAGCUUCCAGGCCGUUCUGGCUGCCCAACCACAAAGCGAUUGUGAGCAGAAGGCCAUGGACGAGCUACUGAGCGCUCGUCUCAUGCGCGAUACGCUGCCGGAGGACACACCGCUGCCCACAUACCUUGCCUUCCGCGAGCCCCGUUGCCCCAGCCCCGAAAGCCGCUGGGAUGCCCCAUGCCACCAGCAGCGCCGCUCGCUACGGUGACGAUCUCUGAAUUUACAUUUUGGAAAUUUACAAUGUAGCUCUUACAAUAAAUACGAACAG